UGUAAAUAUAAAUAUGAUUUGAAAAUGGAGGUAAGUGGAACAUUAACAGAACGUUAGGGUAACGUUCACUGAUCUAUAGAUCAGUGGUAACGUUAUAUUUCCGUAAAAAUACUUUCCUAGCUAACUAACAGGGAACGUUGGUAUAUCCGUUGUGGGAACCAAAAAUUGUUAGUUGGGUUUUGUGCCGUUUUUCUUUUUUAGAUAAAAUAAUUGGGUAAUUUAAAUAUGCUUAGCGAGACAUAACGAGAGCUAUUUCACACUGAGACAUUAAAAUGUCGAUGUCUCAUCCAAGCAGCUCACCACAGCCGCUGCCUCUCUGCAUAUGGCCGCUUUGUUUUGACGGGUUUCCCUGCAGACGGCAAGUAAACCCGCGCCUGCGCAUUAACCGGGUCCGAGUGCCCGAUACAAGAUGGCGGAGUCGGUGGGGAGGGAGAGGCGGAGGCGGGUCCGGACUGAAUAGAGCAAAGCCUAUUGAGGACUCCAACAAACCUCUCCAAGACAGGACAAAUGAGGAGCUAUGAUGAGUGAAAACCACGGAACAGUAAAGACAGACUCGGCGUUGGUCAUGUCGCCCACCGGGUCCACUUCAGAGUCUGCUCCCUUGUCACCCUCUACCAGCAAACCCAUCCAAGAGCUGCCAGAUGAGUUGAUUCAAGCUGGAUGGUCAAAAUGUUGGAGUAAGAGGGAGAAUCGGCCUUAUUACUUUAACCGUUUCACCAACCAAUCGCUGUGGGAGAUGCCUGUCCUGGGGCAACAUGAUGUCAUUUCGGAUCCUCUGGGGUUGAACGCAGCUCCAGCCUCUGGUGAGGCGAUUGUGGAAGCAGGACUAGGAAACGGCCAGCGUAAGAGACACCCAUCAGAUGAUGCUUCUCAAAGGGGGCCGAACAGUUUCAAGAGGCCACAGGUUGAGAUUCCAGUCACUCCGACGACUCCUACAGUCCCUAUUUCUCCCAGCACACCAGGAGUCAAACCCUGGACCUCCACCACAGAUGACAAACAAGCCCAGACCAGCGUACCUGCACCGGCUCCAUACCGGCCCGCUGUAGUGUACUGGGAUCUGGACAUUCAGACCAACGCCGUGAUCCGAGAGCGAGCCCCAGCGGACCAUCUCCCACCCCACCCUGAGAUUGAACUGCAGAGAGCUCAACUCACCACCAAACUACGGCAGCACUACCAUGAGCUGUGCUCUCAGCGGGAGGGUAUAGAGCCGCCACGAGAAUCCUUCAACCGCUGGCUUUUGGAGAGGAAGGUGGUGGAUAAAGGGGGUGAUCCGCUCUUGCCCAGUGAAUGCGACCCGGUCAUCUCCCCAUCCAUGUUCCGAGAGAUCAUGAACGACAUCCCAAUCAGGCUGUCUCGCAUCAAGUAUAAGGAAGAGGCUAGAAAACUCUUGUUCAAAUAUGCAGAGGCGGCAAAGAAAAUGAUAGACUCCAGAAACGCAACUCCUGAUUGUCGAAAGGUGGUCAAAUGGAACGUUGAGGACACCAUGAACUGGCUUAGACGAGACCACUCUGCCAGCAAAGAGGACUACAUGGAUCGACUCGAGCACUUACGGAAGCAGUGUGGCCCUCACGUCACGAGUGUGGCGAAGGAUUCCGUUGAAGGCAUCUGUUCAAAGAUCUAUCACAUCUCUGCAGAAUAUGUGCGCCGAAUCCGCCAAAUUCACCUUGCUCUUCUUAAAGACUGCAACAUCUCUGUGGACGGCACAGAGGCGAAAGUCGUUCAGGACCGGUUGGUGUAUUGUUAUCCCGUCAGACUGUCCGUGCCGUCCCCUCCUCAACCCCGCGUGGAGCUGCACUUCGAGAACGACAUCGCCUGCCUGCGGUAUAAAGGAGAAAUGGUGAAGGUCAACCGCGCCCAUUUCAACAAACUGGAGCUUCUAUAUCGAUAUAGCUGUAUUGAUGACCUAAAGUUCGAAAAGUUUCUGUCUCGUGUGUGGUGCCUUAUCAAAAGAUACCAGGUGAUGUUUGGUUCUGGUGUGAAUGAGGGGUCCGGUCUACAAGGGGCGCUGCCCGUUCCGGUUUUCGAGGCUCUUAAUAAACAGUUUGGAGUGACGUUUGAGUGCUUCGCCUCUCCUCUCAACUGCUAUUUCAAGCAGUUUUGCUCCGCAUUUGCAGAUACUGACGGCUUCUUUGGAUCUCGAGGGCCAUUCCUCCACUUCUCUCCAGCCAGUGGCUCAUUUGAGGCAAACCCUCCAUUCUGUGAGGAGUUCAUGGAUUCCAUGGUGACACACAUUGAGGAACUUCUGGAACACUCCAGUGAGCCUCUGUCCUUCGUCAUCUUCGUGCCAGAGUGGCGUGACCCCCCAACUCCAGCUCUGACGCGGAUGGAGGCCAGUCGCUUCCGCAGGCACCAAAUGAACGUGCCGGCAUUUGAGCACGAGUACCGCAGCGGCUCGCAGCACAUCUGCAAAAGAGAAGAAAUGUACUACAAGGCCGUCCAUGGAACGGCAGUCAUUUUCCUGCAAAAUAAUGCUGGCUUUGCCAAAUGGGAGCCCACCUCGGAGAGAAUCCAAGAGUUCCUGGCGGCUUAUAAGGUCUCCGGGCAGUCUUUACCUUCACCCGGUCCCUCUUCCACCAGUACCGGAGACAAAGACUCCAAACCGGGCCAGGAACGCUCCGCUAGGAGUCAAGACAACAGCAGUCCUGUUGACAAGACUGCACCAGACACAACAAGCAUUUAGAAAGCAGCGCUGGGCGUGUGGCGAUAUGUACGUAUGUUCAAGGGAAAAAGUCUAUGAUUGUAUGAGAGGUAUAAUAUUGCGCUGUUGGCUUUGAUUGGCACUGGGCUUAUAAAUGUUUCUGUGAGAAGGAGAAAGAUCCAUAUGUGUUUGCUUUCUUCUGCAUCUAUUAUUUAAUGUGUUAGGUUCUUGACUUAUGGUAUCAAAAUUGUUGGGUUUUAUAUCAAUGUAUUGAUAGUUUGGUCACUCUUUUGUUAUUGUCUUUUUAAGAGCUGGUAAAUGUAGCUAUACAAUUAUACGUUUCUGAUUCUUGUUUUGGCCUUUUUAGGGUGAAUCUCAUGAAAACAUCAUAUAGAACUUGUAUACAAAAAACAUACAGAAAAUGAAUUUUAGUUCCUUUAAGAUUUUAGGUUUUUUUUUAACAACUAGGAACAUUUUCCCACAACAUUUCCUAUUUACCAAAAUCCGUCUGGAAAUGUUUUGCGAGACGAGACGUUUGACACGUAAACAAUUUAAAAGAAAAAAAGCUUCACUUUUAGUUUACUCGUAAUUCCCAUCAUUUUCAAUACUGAUUUUUAUUAGAUAAUUUUUUACUGUAUUACAGUAAGUCAGCAUACAUUAACGUAUAAUUUAAAGGUGCACUCAGUAAUUCGAAUCCAAUACAGUUUAUGUCAAAUUCUGCAAAUAUCUCCUCACAGUCUUCUAGAGGUCUCUUCUGUGGGUGGGCUGAACAAAAUCUAGUAUUUGUUCACAGCCCUGGCUCUGUAAAUGGGACAAAACAAAAUGGAUCGUUCCGAUUCACACAACACUACUCCAGCCAAUCAGCAACAAGGGGUGGUUCUUGCACAUACACCGGAUGGGGGCAGAUCGAGAGGGAAAUUCAUUAGAAGAGCGACGGCUGAUGCAAACUUUCUAAACUCCGAGGACAAAUGGCUGAGAAACAGACCAAGAGAAAAAGGACAGACGAAUAUAAACUAAAAAACGAAAGAUUAUGGUAAGUCGAGGGCGGAGCUUCCAAAGGAGCACUGAAGGGGAGGGGUGUGUUUGUUUUGGCAGUUGUGCUCAAAUAUCAACUGUGUUUUUCAGAAAUGGCCGAGUGCACCUUUUAAAGGCAGUUUAACAUAUACUAUCUUUCUAUCUAACUAUCUAUUUUUUUUUUAUUAAUACCAUUUCUUUAUUUUUAUUUUUUUUCAUUUAAUGGGCGUGUGUGUGUGUGUGUGUGUGUGUGUCUGUGUCUGUGUGUGUGUCUGUGUGUGUGUGUCUGUGUGUGUCUGUGUGUGUUUAUGUGGUUUAUGAGGACAAUUUUUUUUAGGUAACAAACUGGUAAUUACAAGGGUAUUAUGCUAUAAAUAUAGUUUAUGAGGACAUUUCUAGUGUCCCCAUAAUUUAAAUAGCUUAAACAUAUUAAACAAUGUUUUAUUGAAAAUGUAAAAAUGCAGAAAGUUUUUUGUGAGGGUUAGGUUUAGGGGCUGUGUUGGGUUUAGGGGCUGUGUUGGGUUU